ACACUCAACUGUAUGUAGCGAUAGCGACAGGUAGUCUUGCGAUACGUGACCGACGUGUGUGACCUACCCGCAGCCGAAGACCAUAAGCGUUCCAUUUUCAAAAAAGUUCCGAGGUUUAAAACUUUUCGCGCCUUUUUGUAAAAAAAAAUCAACUCGUUCCCGCGUAAAGCCACAAAUUGUGACCGCAACCGCACAUAUUUUUCUGCGCAUCUCUGGAAUUUUCAAUUGCGAUAAAAAGACUUUCACAGUGACAUUUAUUUAAUUCUCUGUCGAAAGAUACUGCGGUCUGAGUGGCAGACGGUCGCGGCGCCUGGACUGGACUAGAAAGUGCUAUAUAGUUCGUAAAAGUUGUUCAAAAUGAAAACGGAUUACGCCAUGGAUGAGAUGCAAAAGAGGACGUCCUCUCUUCUCGGUCUGUCCGACGUGACGGACAACAAGCUGAUCUGGCGACAGCUGGUGGCGGAGCUGCUGGGGAGCUUCCUGCUGGCGGCUGUGGGCGUGGCGGCGUGCAUCGCCGUCACCGACGCCGCCGCGCCGCAGGUCACCAGCAUCGCGCUGUGCUUCGGACUACUAGUUGCUACUAUUGUGCAGGGCAUAGCGCACGUGUCGGGCGGCCACAUCAACCCGGCGGUGACGCUGGGGCUAUUCGCCUCCGGAGACAUCAAGCUGGUGAAGGCCGUCUUCUACGUCAUCGUGCAGUCCCUGGGGGCCGUCGCUGGUGCUGCCUUCAUCAGGCUAGCCGUGCCCGACAGCAGGGUGAUGGGCUUCGGAAUGACACUGCCGGGACCUGGCAUCACUGAUGGACAGGCGGUGCUGGUGGAGGCUCUGAUCACGUUCGUGCUGGUGCUGACGGUGCAGGCGGUGUGCGACGCCGGCCGCGUGGACCUCAAGGGCUCGGGCCCGCUCGCCAUCGGGCUGAGUAUUACUGCGUGCCAUGCCGCUGCCGUGCCGUUCACCGGGUCCAGCAUGAACCCGGCGCGCUCGUUCGGCCCCGCGCUCGUCAUGGGAGACUGGACCUCGCAUUGGGUAUACUGGGUGGGCCCUAUGGCUGGUGGGGCGGUGGCCGGCGUCGUCUACAGAUUCGUGUUCCGAAUUGGCAAGAAUGGCGACAGUGGCUCCUACGACUUCUAGACAACUCCCUCCAAACUGAACCACUGAAUCAGCUGUCUCGACUCUCGCCUCACCUCUGAGCUCCGGUUUCUAGAAUAACAAGCGGCUUCUCUGUAAAUAUGGCUGUAAAUUUUGUGAGAUUCCAGUUUUUGAUUGGCACAUGGAAAUAACAAUUUCAUAAAUUCGGCUAUGACGAUACGAUUUUGAUUGUUAUAUUUUUAUGGUGCUUCUUAAAUCUUUUAUUCCUUCUAGAAGCCUCAAGAGAUUCGUGAGCGCCUGUAGCGAAUACUCGGAGAGAAUCUGAUAAAAUAAAUAUUUUUUCUACAGAUAGGGACUAGGGUCCUUUUGUUAUAUGAAUCAAAUAUUGAAUAAUGUAUCACGCAAAAAUACUUACUUUUGGGUUAGGUACCUGUGUAGGUAUGUUUUUUUGGUUCUAAUCCUCGAUCAGUCACUAUUCACUUCACUACUGACUAAAGAUUUAUUUUAUUUUACCAGAUUUAGAAAAUGUGAGCUCGCACUCGCACUAUCUAUUUAAUUUACUCUUUAUAUUUGUUAAGGCCAAGAUACAGUCUUGGAUUCCAAAAAGUUAUUAUUCUUUUGUUAAUCACAUUUAGUUUAAGUUAAUUUAUAAGUGAAACUUCGCUUUAGGUUUACUUAUUUAUAUUUAUUGCAUUGUGAAUAAAUGUUAUUUUUAAGAUAUUGAAUUUGUAAAAGUUCAUAAAGUGCCUGUGUUAUUGUGAAUAUUGAUAAGUAUUCACACCAUAUCGAUACAAAUGUUUAUUAGGCUUAAUAAAUAAACUAUAUAUUGAUGUA